AUGUCGAUCGUCGCCUACAUGGACUUCGUGGCUGCCCAGUGCCUGGUGUCCAUCUCCAACCGCUCUGCUGUGCCCGAGGCAGCACGGCUGAAAGUGCCAGGAGAGGAGCAGGUUGGAAAGGAGCUGUGCGACCCCCGUGACGCUUGGAAGGACUACUGCACCUUGGUGACCAUCGCCAAGAGCCUCCUGGAGCUGAACAAGUACCGGCCCCUGCCCGUCCCCUCCGUCUGCAGCGGCAACGUGGAGAGCCCGGACGAGGACGUGGGCUCUGACAGUGACGCGACUACAGAGCCGGGGUCGAGCCCAGCAUGCAACUCAGCGCCGGGGCAGCCCCCCCACCUGCGCGACGCCGUGCCCCCCAAGAGGAAGUUGGUGGCUGAGAAGCGGCACAAGUGCCCCUACAGCGGCUGCGGCAAGGUCUACGGGAAGUCCUCC